AUGAAACCUAUUAUACCAACAGAAAAAUUGGAAUGGGAACCCUCAAGUCCCCACCCUACCCUUCCUUCCUCUCUUGGGGAUUAAAAGCCUGGCAGGAGGAAGCACCAGCAGCAACUGACUGGUCAGCCUUCCUGGGAAGAUGCAGCAACUCCUGCUCCUGGUGGCCUUUCUCCUACCCGCAGGGGCUGGGGCAGGGGAGAUCAUCGGAGGCCAAGAGGCCCGGCCCCAUUCCCGCCCCUACAUGGCAUUCCUCGUGAUACAAUCUCCAGGGAGAGUGAGCACUUGUGGGGGGUUCCUGGUGCGAGAAGACUUUGUGAUGACAGCAGCUCACUGCUGGGGAAGAACUAUAAAUGUCAUCCUGGGGGCCCACAACAUCAGGAGACAGGAAAGGACCCAACAGCGCUUGUCUGUGCUCAGAGCCAUCCGCCACCCUGGAUAUAGUGAGCAGAGACUCCUGAAUGACAUCAUGUUACUGCAGCUGGGAAAGAGAGCCAGACGGAAUCGAUUUGUGAGGCCAGUGGCUCUGCCUCAGUCCCAGAUCAGACUGAGUCCUGGGUCCUUGUGCACUGUGGCUGGCUGGGGCCUGGUCAGCCAGCACAGGAGAACAGACACACUUCGGGAUGUGCAGCUGAGAGUGCAGAGGGAUCAGGAAUGCAGCCGUCGCUUUGAGCCCUUCAACGGCCAAACACAAAUUUGUGUAGGCAACCGGAGGGAAAGGAAGUCUGCCUUCCAGGGGGACUCCGGAGGCCCGAUGGUGUGCAACAAUGUGGCCCAGGGCAUUGUCUCCUAUGGAAGUAAUAAUGGGACUCCUCCAGGAGUCUUCACCAGGAUUUCCAGCUUCCUGUCCUGGAUAAAUAGAACAAUGAGACACUUCAAACUGCAGAGGCCAGACUGA